UGGUGUGUGUGUGGUGUGUGUGUGUGUAUGUGUGUGAGGGCUAACAGAAAAUGGUAGUGGCGGCGGCGGCGGUGGUGGUGAUGGGCCCUUGUCCGUCACGUGUUUGAGGGGACGAGCGUGUUACUACGACUGGAGGCGACUGGCAGUUGUACCGCGGCUUGUGUGAAUGUUUGUGUUUCCCGUGCAGUGCGGCCGUGGAAGCUGUACAAAAAGGGUGUUUUGUUCUAAGCGCACUUCACUACUACCAUCUCCUCAUCUCCGUCACAUCACUUCUACAUAACUUAAGUGUGCCUCAACAUGGCCACCAACAAGCCACACAACCACCCCGCCCACCGCCGAACUGUCCAGCCCACACCCAUCCCCUCCACCUCAGAGACAGAGCCGCUACUACCCAGGGACAGUCCACCCCCGAGGUACUCCUCCCUCGAGCCCUCCUGGGAGGUGCCCCUCGACAAUCCCGGACACACCGACAACCUGGCGAGCGCUCAUGUCACACGCGUCCCCCAAAUCCCCGUGGCCUGCCCGGGGUGGUGGUCAUGGGUGCCGGGGCCAGCCCAGAUGUUCCCCCCGGGACUGGAGCACCUGGCGAACGUUCAAAGUCUGCACAUCAGAAGGAAAGGGCGCCGGUACUGCGUGUGGCGUGGCGGCGAGGUGAUCUACACGGUGCGCAGGAUGAAGGACGCGGGCGGCAUGAUGCUGUACCGCGUGCAGAACAACGCCAACCUGGAUGUGCUGCUGAUGAACUUCACCAAGGAGGCUGCGGGGCUCUGUUCCCCUCCCACCAUGCACGUUGAAGUGUCGUUCCCCCCUGGCAAUGUCAUGGGAGUGGUGCAAGGGAAUGUCUUUGAGUUCACCGCACACAACCCGUCCGGGGACCUGCUCUUCCUUCUUCACAGGGAGAACCCGACGUGUUGCAAGAAGCCGGGAUACGUGGUGGAGACGCGGGAGAUGCAGCCCCUCGGUGCAGUGGAGCGGGUGCGGGCCCCUGGGUGCUGCACCGGCCGGAGGGUGAUGGAGGUUAGCUUUCCCGGUGACCUUGACCUGCGAUGGAAAUCUCUGCUGCUGGCCGGCGCGAUAAUUAUUAGAUACGAGAGUUGGUGAGGAACGUGCCGCCUCUUAGCAAGGUGUGAAGUUUGUGAGAAGGGAUAAGGGACUGAGGGGCGGGGGACAGGGUGGACGCCGGAGCGGGAUAAAGCUAUAGGAUGGAGUUUCGAGGGAAGCUCAACCUGUCAAGCAAGUCGGUGUGAUGAUCUUCAGGCAAGUGCUGGGCUGGCGCGAUGGACAACGGGAAGCAGUGGUGGACCUGAGGCGCCACAACAAGACCAUGUGGAGCCAGCCUGUGUGAGAAAGUGCCACCUCUUACCCUGAGAACCUUACUGCCAGGGAUCGAACUCGCAACCCAAAGUCAAUGAGUCGAGUACUGCACCAUGGAACCCCUGUAGUGCUGCGAUAGAAUGUGACUUAAGGGGGAAUGCGUAACGGAAGAUAACAAAGCAGCAGAGUGAGAAAACAAAUAACAAAGACGACUAAGAAAAAAAAAAUGGCAUUAAUAUGUGAAGUGAAGAUAAAGGAACAAGGAAAAUUUCACGAUGAUGCAAGUUAACAUUAGAAUACGUCGGUAAUGUUGCCGCUACCUCAAGCGAAGCAACGCGCGAGGCGAUUACCUGGUCGAAGCGGUGUCGUGUUCGUAGCUGUUCCCUUGUACGUAGCUGUCCGCUCUUUGUUUGAAAAUGAGAGCCUGACUGAUAUGAACAUUUUAUAGGGUCAAUUUCAUCCAUUAGUUGAAAAAUUAGCCAGAGAUAAAAUGGAUCCUAUAAGUGUUCACAGCAGUCCAGCUUUUGCUUAUAUAAACAAAGAGCGGACAGCUACGUACAAGGGGACAGCUACGAACACGACAGCGGGAUGCGUGAAUGUCACUGAGAUGUGAAGAGUACAGCCGCUGCUAACACACGUCACGAUGGAAUAAUAACCGUUUUUUUAAAGUUACGUUAGACUUAUAAUAAUCAGGUCUGCUUUAUUCGCAAGAACCAAGGGGGCUCACAGGAGAACAGAGGGCAGUGCAUGGCACGACACCGGCCACAAGCCCCGCGGUGGCCGGUGCCCCCGAUGGUGGAGUGUUGAACAGUCUCGCAGCAUUUCCGCCUGUCUGUAUAUCUUACCACUGUAUCUAUCAUAUAUGUAUUAAAUCACUAUUAACACGUAUUAUGCACCAUGACAUAAUGGGUUACAAUUUGUUACAUGUACGUAAUAUCGUAGAGGAAUCAUUGGCUGACAUUCUGUACUGUCACCUACUGCUGCCUUGUCGCGUUAGUGCGCAUUAUUUGGUUAAUGUACACACACACACACACACACACACACACACACACACACACACACACACACACACAGAGUAGCCAUCUACAUCUCCAUGUGUUACACAUUCACACAUUGAAAUGACAAAAAAAAUAAAAUAAAAUAAAAUAAAUAAAUAAAUAAAUAAAAAAAAAGUGUGUAGCCCUCCGGUAAACAGUGUGCCUCAAACAUGAAGACCAAACUAAAGUAUCUUCUGUUAGGUUUCCCCACAAGAAGGCUCCCAUUCUCCUAACUAGCACCAUGACAAUAUCGUAACUAUCAUGGAAUGUGACAAUAUUAUAACUGCCUGCUAUCCUAACGACAAACUAUUAGUGACAUCCCCGCACCAAACCGAAUCUCCCCAAACCCUCCCGCUCGUCCCCAUCCCCCGGACACAUUCCUCCUCCGCCAGCUCCCCGUCAGGCCCACCCGGAAUGCAGUUUACCGAAAUACAGAAGUCAAUUCCUUAAACAACCAUGAAACGCAUUUGCAAUUAUAAUCAUCACCUCCACCAUCAUUGCCAUCAACAUCCCAUAUCGUAAUUCUGCAGCAAGACAAGACUCCCUCGAAUGGUUAGGGAACAAUAACAAUGGAACGAGGGAACGAACCUGCUUAAACCCGCUUGUCUUGACGUCACCACCACAGCGGGGCCGCCACGCCAGCGCUGCUCGGCCUGCUGCCGCCAUACACCUAAUAGCACAAUAGACACCAAGCAAGUCGGCAGGAUCACUCCCAGCUUCCUUGCAUGGGAUUACCACCUUGCACUACUACACGUUACUCAAGGCCCACAGUCGGCAAUGGCAGCCAUAUACCAGCCCUACAUUAACCACCCUAUGGGUUUACAACUUAAAAAUCAUGUAUGUCAUUUGUUAUACACCAAUAAAAUGCUACAUCAUAGA